AUGACCAAGGAGAGUCAAACCUUCCACGCGUCAUUAUUUUUCUUCCUCUUUACUUGUCGGUUCUCUCUCUCCACGGCACACACACGCCAGCACGCACCCAACACAGGCUAUCGACACCACCCUUUCGAAGCGACGAUGAAAGCGACGCUAGCGAUCCUCGCCACUCUCGCGACAGCAGCUAUCGCAGCUCCUGCCACUCAGGCUGACGCACCCUACCCUUAUGCUGCUUCGGUCUAUCAAAAUGCGCUCUACUGCCCGAAAGGAACGGCGAAUACGAAGGGCAUCCUCUUUGCGGUGCACGGUACCGGCAGCACCGGCAGCGAGUCUUGGGCGAACACACCUUACGCUCAAUACUUGCCCUCCGAAGGCUUUGCGAUCUGCUGGGUCACCCUCGGCGAUCGUUCUUUGAACGACACUCAGGACACUGCCAGCUAUGUCUCCUACUGGAUCAAACCUCUCGCGGCCAAGUCUGCUACCAAGAAAGUGGCAUUGAUCGGACACUCUCAGGGCGCCGGUCUCAACAUUCCUUGGUCCCUCGAGUUUUGGCCAUCGAACCGUCCGUAUGUCAGCGUUUUCAUUGCACUAGCUGGCGACUUCAGAGGCACAGACGAGGGCAUUCUUGCAUGUACCGCUCAGGAUAUCAGUCGCGGAGGAUGCGUGGUCAGCGUCAUACAGCAAAGUCGAGGCUCAAAUGUUCUACAAACUCAGUACAAGUAUAGCUCAAGCCAGCUUGUCAACACUUAUUCGCUCUUUACACGCUACGACGAUGUCAUUCAGUCGGAGCAAGGUGCAGCUGCGACAUCCUUGCUCAACGGAGCACAAAACCACGCCAUGCAAGACCUGACAACAUGCGGACCUGCUUAUCUUGCGGAUCACUUUUCGAUGCUUGUCACGCCAGCAGCAUACGCAUGGUCGAGAGUUGCUCUCGGCCUCGACAAGGCAUUCGAUCCGACGUAUUGCACAAUGGCCAAGGGUCAGGUUUUCACCACCGACUUUGGCGCCACGCCCGCCUUUGUACAAGGCAUUGUCAACGACGUCGUUGCGCUAACUACGGGCAAUCCUAUCGCAAAGACAGAGCCCUGCAUUCGUCAAUACGCAGCUGCGUACGCGCCAGCAGGCACAGUCUGCAAAUCUUGA